CGUUGCUGUUCGAGAAAAGAGGACAUAUUGAUUGCAGUACAGUACGUUAGGUACACUGUAACUUUCAGAAUUAAAUAUUGUGUCUUAAACAAAGAGAAAUAAUGUUACACAACUUAAUCUAAAAGGAUGGGAUUUACAACAUUAAGUCAAUGUCUAUUAGUUACUGUCAUGAUGACGUCUUUGACGUCUCUGGUGACGUCAGCGGUGUACUUCGAAGAAGGUUACGACCAUCAUUACACAUAUUCUUCCGAGUCUGACAUUCUGGGAGUGCAUAACGUCACUACUAUCAUAAAGUUCCGGAUACGGUCGGUAAAUACGACAUCGGAAGGCGGUGUCCUACAUCAGUUGAUGCUUGACAGUUUCGUCCAGCACUCGGAGAACGGCUUCGUGGCAGAUAACCCGUUGAAGUGGGAUCUCAAUAACAGGUUUUACUUAACUAUUAACCCCGCGGGACUCGUUCAGUUCGUGCAUUUUCACCCGGAAGAAAUCCACGAGCUCCUUGCGUUGAAGAAAGUGCUGGUAUCGACCUUGACCUCUUUAGUGCAGCUUCAAGACGGGCACUCUUGGGCAUACGAAUCGAUGGAGGAAGAUCAUGCAGGUCACUUGGAUCACUCGUACGAAGCAAGCAGAACGAUGGAAGGCAUCAAACUCGUGAGGUCACAUCGAAGUCUGAGGGAAGUACACAGACAACAUUAUAAGACGACCCACUUUGACGAGCGUCUGACUCCUCAGCUAGUUGAGGCCCUCGAUAACAUCACUCUGCAGCACAACCCGGAUACUGUCACCUCACAUACAGUUGAGGGGUCUAUGGAUAUAAAGGACGAACAGUUUGGAGAGUUCCCGAAGAUUUCUUCUAUAUCAAGAAGCAAGCUAAAACUAACACUGAAGAGCAAGCACAACGAUCUGGCACGAGACCACGCGCUGCACGAGAUGUCCAAGGAUUCCAUUAGCGUCAAACCGAAACCAGAGAAGAAAGUUCGUUUGGCACAAGUUGAGGACGACAUAACGAAAUUCAUGAAAUGCGUUCAUUUAUAUACCAGCAAAUACGACCGUAACCGGACAGAAUGUGUACAUCAACUUCGUGGUUUGAUAAUGUCUCUUGAAAAGGAUGAUUUUCUGUUACUUGGCAAAAAUGCGUUAACGAGCCAAUGUGACGUCAAUGACACGGUGUGCGUAGAUGAGAGGAAUCUGUUCAUCGACCUGAUUGCAAGUGAAGGAAGUGCCGAGGCCCAAUUACUCGUUCUGGAUCACGUGAUGUUACAGCCCAAUGCUACUGAGGAGGACUUGAGGCGAUGUCUCUUUCACGCCAUAGCACUUCAGAAACCUGUUAAGGAAUUGGUCAGCCUUGUGGAGAAACUAUGCUUCGAAGACGGCCACCAACCUGGUGAUACCCCGGCACUGACAAAAACCCGUAGGCGGGCGUGUCUCACACUUGGAGCUAUUGCCAAGUCAUUGCAUGUCCCAAACAACACGGAGUCGAAUAGGAUCGUGGAGCGUAUAGAGAACUGGCUUGAUCAACACAAUGAAACAAGGUCUAGCAAUAUCCUAAAACCGCGCCGUCGCCGGUCCACUAUUCAAGAUGAUACGCAAGCCCGUAAGCAUAUCGAAACGAAAAUGGUUCUCCUACAGAGUCUCGGUAACGCCGGAGAUCAGCGAUCAUUACAUCACAUUCUGUCAUACAUGGAACCAAAUGUGGGCGUCACAGCCUGGCGUCGAGCGGCUAUUAAGGGCCUGAGACAUUUCUCAUGCAACAAGAGCGCACAUGCGCUGUUGACAAGUAUCUUACACGACCAUGAUGAAGUGGUGAGGAUAACUGCACACAACGUGUUCAACAAGCACCCAAAGGCUGACGACAGAAAUUUCACUAUUGAACAUGAGACAGAAGUAAUAAGAAAAAAUUACACCUAUCCGAUCGUGAGUCGUGUUCGGAGAAGCCUUCUAAAUGGACAGUUUAAACCAAUACCUCCCGACAAGGAUUGGCGUAAGACGAUAGGAAGCAACAAUAUCGGGGCGAGCUUCGGUCUAACCAUGCGAAAUAAUUUUGAUCUAAACGUCGCUAUGCUGAGCAGUCAUUACACGAUUGAUGUGUAUGACGCUGCUUAUUCAGAAGCGCAUGUUGGAAUGAUUGACUUUAAAAUCGACCUUCUCAAGGCCCAUGUCUGCUUUAAAGUUCACGUCAUGUACGACAUGAAUGUACUCACGGAUUUUGACAUUAACGGAGUGUCUGACCUUGUCAAUCUGUAUGACCAAGUCAUGGCAAAAAUUGUCAACCCAAUCACCAGAAGCGUUACAGCGUUCAGCAACAUACUGAAAACGUUAAACGGUGGUAAGUCGCUUACAGAAGUUGUAAAAGAAAUUGUGGAGAUUGUGAAACAUCUUCCUACGCGUCUUGGUGCGGUGGCUAUUCAAAUGCGUGACUUCGUAAAAGAGCUGCUUAGAAUAAGUGCCGAUACGCUGAUCGAAGAGAUUAAGAGCAUCGUCAUUGAAGUUAGCGACUUUAUUGACGGGAUCAAAAAUGAUGCUCUAGUUUUCUACAAUGACGUCGUUGAUGUUGUUACGAUGGCGUUGCCAUACUCAGCUAAGAAGAUUACGGACGCUAUUAAAACAAUAGCUGAAAGUAUACAAAAACUCUACCAGAAUCCAAUGCAAGCCAUCACAAUAAUGUCAAGAGCAAUACAAGACAUUAAAGUGGCUCUUACCAUGGCCAUUGACUUCAAAAACCAGGUCGAGGAUGCAUGUCUUUUCAUAAAAGGGCGAGUGGUGGAAUGGAUAAACACAGCAAAGGAUAUGCCGGAAAUUCUAGGGCGCCUUAAACAUGCUUUCAAGAAGCUUGAUGACAACAUUAAGUACCGUAACAAGACAAUACAGAAAGAAGGCAAUGCGGCAAUCAGUGACGGCAUUUUAGUUGUGGCAAACAUGGUUCAUGAUGUUAUCAAUAACGUACAACAAAAAUGGGACCAGCUUUUUGUACCGCUUCAAAGCGUUUUCGAUUUUGUGACACCAUUUGUUGAAGUGUUUAAAUCCAUCAUGGAUGGGGUUAAAUACAUAAAAAGAGGUUUUAAGACUCUCAAAGAAGAUAUCGACACGGGAAGAUCAUUAGUUCAAAAGGUGUUCGGACCUAAAUUCCAUCGAUACUUUCCUAAUAGGCGUCGUGAUGCUGUUGGAGAUUGUCUCCCAGGCGUUUGGCCUUCUACAGCUAACGGGGCAUACGUAACCACUGGGGUUGAUAUACUACACUCUGAGGGAAAAUCGAUUGUAAUGCCAGUAAACGGACGCUUAUAUGUAUACAGCCGCGACAAAAAAGUUGUUGUUAAACCUAACGACCCUGAAUUUUUGCCAUUUGAAAUUGUCGUGGAAAACAUAGACGCUGAUGAACAGUGGAAUGGAAAGACCGUUAACGCAGGUGAACGCAUCGGAGUGGCAGGCACGAACAAAGUCUGUAGAGGUCAAUCAAGAGCAGAAAAUUCUAUCCAUGUUUCAGUUCGCAAAGCGCAAAAAGAUCCUCGGCUUGAUUAUGAUUAUGACUACAUCGAUCCAUCCUCGUUUCUCUAUCGCUUAGUUCUUAAUCCAAUGUCGAAGCAGGAAUGUAACGAUCACGAAUUUUGGCACAUUGGAAUGAUUUUUGAAUCUGGUGAAACGGUUCACCAAGGAUAUACCAAUACAAAGGUGGAAGCCAUCGAACGACAUGCACAAAAACCUGACGACACCGCCAUUAGAAGUACGCUUGGAAUAGAGGAUACACAAUACAGACCAGAUGACUCGUCACUGUAUGACUCUGCAGCGUUUACGGACAGUCUAAAAAUGAGUCUGAAGGAACAAGCGUUUAAGUUUUCGGAAACAUUCAAACAAUCACUCUUCGAAAGCAACCAAAAAGUACCGAAUAUCUUAGAAAUCGUCGAUGUUAAUGGAAAAACGGUGGAUUGGAUACUCGACAAGCUCAACCCAACAUCAAUUCUUGCACAGGAAUUCGUCGGUACCAUACAACAACUGUCGAACACAAUUAACUCUACACCUACAGAGCCUCUUGCCGCCUUAUCACCAAAUAUUGCGAUAAACUUACUAAAAAUGCACAAUUUGACGUUCAAUUUUGGAAAAUUCAACGAAACAUUAAGCGGCUACAAUAAUACUGAUGAGUUUGUGGGCUUUUUGAAAUUUGGUGAUCCAAGUCAACUGUCAAUCUCUGUGGCAGAGCUACCCGGCAAACUUUGUCCCAUGUUCAAAGGAGCGAUAGCCAAAGGGAUGGGUCACAUUUGUUAUGUGCACGAUGACUGCCUAGGCCUCUCGUGUAACAUUCGAGUUCCUAUUGGACCGAAGUCGGAAGUUAUGCAUGCCUCCAUAGCUCUUGUGGCGUCUGAGCUGAAAAUAGAAUUAAUAGUCAUGGGUAACAACUUAACAAUCCAACCCAACGGUCAAGACCAAUAUAUUCACGUGGCAAGUUUACUUGGAUUUCAAGUAUUUUUCAUUGGAAACGUCAAACUUGAAAGAAUGUCUGCCACAUUGACAGCAGAAUUUCAACUGUGCACAGAUUUAUUUAUGGCAUGCCUACCUCCGAUAGAAUGGCUUCAAAACAUUACAUUUAAAACAAACGCGCUGCGUCGCAAACGAGCAUUGGGUUGGGGCAUGGACAUAAUUACCCCGUUUCCGAAGUUUCUUAAUAAACUGAGCGAAUUCUACUUGCUGACAAGCAAUGCGAUACAAACUGUUGAAAAUAUCCGACACAACGUGAGAAACCAGCUGAUGCAAGAAAGGAAAGACACGCCUGGGACAGAAGAGUCCGAGUUUCCGCCUAAAGUGGACGUCUGUUACGGUGCCAAUAUUGAUUUCCCACCCCUAGAUAUCACUUUUUUCAGGCUCACCCUGUAUUUUAUGGCUGGCCCAGUACCUAUGUCAUUAGGGUUUGGUGCUGGCGGUGUCAUAGGUCUCAAAGUUGGAAUUAAAAUGUGCGAUCUAAGCAUGACAACACAGGUCAUACUUACUCCGUGGGUUGCGGCAAAGAUGUGGGGUGAUAUCGCUGUCGAUAUCAUAUUUGCGAGGGCUGGAAUGAGGCUGAUCGGUUAUCUAAUGGAAACUAGCUUUCCGAUUACAUCAGAGCUUGUGUUUUCGAAAUUCCCAAUCAAAAUUGUGAUGAAGAUGGACAUGGAGUUUAUACCUUUAAAACUAGAACUUACGGUGUUUGCAGAACUAGUGUUUUUUGGCAUACAUAUAACAAUCGUCGAGUUAUCACUCUGGAAAUAUCAAGUUCCCUCGAUCAAAAAGAACAUUUUCACGAACCCAUAUCUACUAGGGAACCCUACAGUACCUAUAAUAUUGUCUGCAUACACCAACAAGCUUCCCGGACCUAAAACUUGCAUUGUUAAUCAAGUGUUAAAUCGCCCCCAUUAUGACACUGCGUUUUCACUAGAAAUGUUUGCGCAAGACGACGUAUCGAAUGUAAAACUUACGUAUGCGAUUGGCACAAAUGAAGGUGGAACAAACGUGCAGGAUUGGACCGAAAUGGGUGGCAAUAAUCUUCUUGUUCCCGCCAAGUUACCAGGUGGUAUACCGCUGUAUUGGACUGUAAGCGCAAGUAAUUCUCAGAGUGUAUCGUCAAAUAAACAGUGUUAUCUUCAAACCUACGACAGUACGUUGCCUGACGGCAAGGUGGAACAUGAAUAUAAAUUUUCAUCACAUCCGUCCAAACUGGGUGCGUUUAUUAUUGUUGUUGAAGACAGUCCACUUAAGGAUUUGCAUUACAAAGCAGUUGGGUACGGCCCUGGUAAAUUUGGCAAUCAGUUUGUAGGAUGGGAAGAAACACGACUCAAUCACUCUCCUCUACGGCAAGAUGUGACCGGAGCAUUGCAGCAUUUUACUGACCCGAAGAAUGGCAAACUUAUAGCAAAUGUUCUUAGCACGGCUAAACCGUUGAAGACCCCGGAUUCAUGCGCUGAAUUGUGCUUAAAUCAUGGAUCAAAUUGCGUGUCAUUUAGCUAUGAAUACCACACGGAGACAUGCGAUUUACACGAUCAAGUGGCAGGUGCUAAUGCCUAUUUGCGCAUAAGUGGGACAUACAAAAGCUAUGAUCGACUGGGUAUAGGUUAUAACACCUAUAUUGAAUAUAAUAAUUUGCCACUUAGGCAUGGUACACAGUAUUUUGUCAAUGUCGAAGUCACUAACGUGCUGGGAUACGUUGCUUAUUUGGUAGGCGAAGGAACAAUGGUGGAUUUUACACCUCCUGAACCUGGUUUGAUCCUGAACAGUCAGUCUGACUUUCUGCGUGCUGACCGUUGCAAAGCCUCUAUAUCACAGCGGUGCCUUGAAGUCACAACGCGAGAAAACCACAGGCUAAUCAUCGAUGGCGUAGGAUCUGAGACAGUUUUCAAUGGACAUCAACCCGUUCAGGACGAACUGUAUACGUUAACGAACCAUUACGUGUCGGCAAAUUGGAAAGGAUUUCACGAUGACGAGAGUGGUAUCUAUGGAUACACAUGGUCAGUUGGAAAGAGCGUUUGUAGUUCAGACGUGGUGGCUUUUACUAAUCCAUACGCUCAUUUAACGAACCCGAAGUUCUGGACAGACUCCGGUUUUCAGAAAGGCGUACACCUUCCUGAUGGCCCGUAUUAUGUCACGGUCCAGGCCCUAAAUGGAGCAGAGUUAGGCGGAUCAUUGGUGACUACAGUCUGUCACUCUAUCCCGUUUAUCGUUGACACUUCCCCACCAGUUUUUCGCAAAGUUACAGACAUAAUAUACGACGAGGACUUUGACCUCAUUGCAAUAUACUACCACGCAAGCGAUGAUAUGAGUAAAAUCGCACAUGCGGAAUUUGGUUUGGGCAAAACGAAGUAUGAUGUCCAACUAAAAGCGUAUGGCUCACAUGCACCUAUGGAAAAUGAGGAUCCUUUUGUUGCUGUGAAAGAUCUUGGUCUUCAAGAAGGCAUUCCGGCAUGGAUUCGUAUACGUGUCACAAACAAUGUGGAACUCUUCUCUGCCGGACACGGAGAUGAGCCGAUAUUGAUCGACAGAUCAUCACCGAUACCUGGUACCGUGAUGGACGGAGACGAACUUCGGAAAGACAGGCAGUUCCAAGCGGAUUUUAACAGAAUAUGUGCACAGUGGAUUGAUUUCUUUGACCCAGAAUCUGGAAUUGACAGAUUUAUGUGGGGUGUCGGGACUGCGCCUCAAUCCGACAAUGUAGUUAAAUUCCACAAUCUGACCCGUUAUGAAAAAUCCAGCUGCGUGUCAGCAACUUUAAAGCACAACAACACGUACUUCUCGACUGUAUUUGCUUACAACAGCGCUUUGAAUUCAAAGUCCUGCAACAGCUCUUCUGAUGGAGUUCUUGUGGAUAUUACACCUCCAAUAGCUGGAAUUGUUCUUGAUGGAAAGCUACAUGCAGAGGAAUUGAAAUAUACCUCAGAAACCGUGUCAAAGCACGCGAACUGGAGAAAUUAUCAAGAUCCUGAGAGUGGAAUAGCUAAAUAUGAAGUUGAUGUAUACGUAAACAACGAACUGAAAAGGACAUUUGAAACAGGGAAAUUAAACGAAUUUGAAGAUCACACUAUUUCAAUGAAGCAUAAAGAUGAGGUGUACUUUUAUGUGCACGGGAUUAAUGGGGCUGACUUAAAAGCAGAAGCGAGGUCCGAUGGCUUUAUUGUUGAUCAUACACCUCCAAUUAUGACAGAAAUUUGUGAUAAUCAAGUUGGUAGCCGAUAUCAGGCGGACAAAUCAACUUUGAAUCUUAAGUGGGAUUUCCUUGAUAGCGAAUCCGGCAUAGAAAAAUAUAGAACGAUGAUUUACGAAAACCGGCACGGUAUUAAACAAAAGCACUGGCCUGCAAAUGAACGGUAUAAUGAAACCAAACCGUCAAAUUCCUUCAACGGCAAAAUGGAAAGAGCACUCGGGGACUUAAAUAUGGAAGACGGUGGUAUUUAUUUUCUACACAUUACAGCGUUCGAUGGAGCACUUUUAGCCACAGCACACGAAAGCAGCGGAGUUACCAUUGAUACAACUCAACCAAGCGAACCCACGGUAAAGAUCGGCCUGUCAACAGAAGACGAGGAAAUUAAUGAACAAGGCCAAGUGUUGCACAAUGACCAGUAUGGUAUUCGACUUUAUUGGUCUUCGAGAGACUCUGAGAGUGGAAUAGCAAAGUAUAUGGUGGCAAUUGGUACAAAAGACAACAAGGAGAAAAUUGCUUCGUUCACUAAUUACGGAACAGACACUUCUGCAUUUAUUUCUAAUAUUUUCUUGGAGUCAUUCAGUACCUCUGGCACACUUUAUGUUGCCACUGUCGUCGCAUUCAAUGGCGCCGAACUGGCUUCCGAAGAAGGUAUUUCCAGAGAUAUAUACGUACAAAAGGCAAAUAUUCCCGGCGUCGUCUUUGACGGCAGGAUCCUUUUUGAAGACGUAUCUUUUACAACUGAUCACACAUCCAUCGCGGCUUCGUUCUAUGGGUUUGAGAGCGAAAGUUGCGAUAUAAUCAAAUAUGACUGGGCAAUUGGAACAACUGCUUUUGGAACCGACGUUAUAACAUACACUAACUACGGCCUAGUCAUGUUAAAUGAUUCACAUGGACAAUGUCAAAUUGAUACAGAGUUAUUUGAAGACGUCACUUACUAUAUAACAAUACGAGCAGUCACAGGCUGUCAUGAGGAGUAUAUUGUGUCCUCCUCAGAUGGAAUCACACUUGACAGAGUUGCGCCAAAAGUUAAUUUUACUGUUGACGCUUCCAAUGAUACAAUCGUUUCCAUUCAAAAUAAUGUUAUUUACCAGUCAGUUAAAGAUUCCAUGGCUAUAGGUGGUAAUGUUACUGAUAGACAUGACAUUAAGUCGUUUGAAUGGGGUCUUGGAUCACUUCCUGGUUUAGUUGACAUCAAACCAUUUACAUAUGAUUUGGCAUCUUUGACGAGCGUCGCAACAUUAGUACCCGGUGAGGCAGCUUUUGUGACAUCAAACGCCGUUGACCUUGCGGGAAAUCAGAACAUUGUGUCAUCAUUUGCUGUCAUUGCAGAUACAACAGCCCCUGAAAUGAUUGACCUCGAGUGUACGCAAUUUAUAUCCAUACGCAAAAGUGUCGUUACAUGCAACUGGUUGACAAUUGUUGAAAACGAAAGCAUUUUAAAAGAAACCAUAAUAGCCAUGGGAUCCACAGAAACUAACUUCGAUGUUUUAGACAGCUUUGUUAUUCAUAAAGACACCUACAGUUUCACCCGAGAUCUUCACAACCAUAUCAGUGAGAUAAGUAACACAACUGUCAUAUUUAUUACUGUAUCUGUCUCUAAUGUUGUCGGACAUAAGACAACGUAUGGCCGAAAUGUAAUUGUUGACAGAACAGCCCCUGUAGCCGAUAAUCUUUAUGUCGUGACAAGUACCUCGCAUGGUAACAUGAGAGAUGUUCAUCAGAAAUGUCAGAUACCAAGAGGAUAUGUUGAAGUAAAAUUGAUAGGCGUUUUUGAUAAGGAGUCUCCAAUUGACAAAAAUAGGUUUGAGAUCGCUCUUGGAAGCAAACCAUUGAAAACAGAUUAUUUGGAAUACCACACGGUCAGUGAAAACAAUGAUGGAAUAUUCUUUGUAAAUGGAUUUAGACUAAAUCAAGGAGAUGUGUUUUAUGCAACAAUGAGGAUUACCAACAAGGCCGGUUUGAGAAGUGAAAUUUCUUCAAGCAGCGUAGUUAUCAGCCAGACACCGUAUCUUGAAGUAAUAGACGGGACUGGCGAAUACGAUAUUGACUUUCAGUCGAUGCCGAACCUCAUUCAAGGCUCUUGGAAAUAUAGUGACGCGUGUCCAAUCGUAGAGGCAAAAUGGAAAAUAGAAAGUCUUUCAGGCAACACAUUGUUUGAAUUUCAACACGUUCCGAAUGCUGGAAAAGUGUUUUACAAUGACGAGGUUUUACUUGAAAACGGAAUAAAGUUCACUGUCACGGUUCAGACGAUGGACUUCCUCGGUCGUGUUAAAAUAGCGAGGUCGGAUGGUGUCACGAUUCGUAUUCAACCGCCCUUCCCAGGUUUAGUGAGAGAUGGUACUGAUAAGGACCUCAACUAUCAGUACAGUACAACUGAACUCUCAGCCAACUGGGAUGACUUCGGCGAUAGGUCUAGUGAUCCGACGCAGACCAUUCAUCACUAUGAAGUCGCAAUAGGAAACGACCGUCGAUACGAGAAAACAAGGACUAAUAUUCAUUACUUUGUGAAUGUUGGAGUCAAAACGACGUACGCGUUUUUACAUUUAAAUCUGACAUCAAAGCUGGUCAGAUAUUACAUUACGGUCAGGGCAUACAACACUGCCGGUGGUUUUACAGAAGGCUAUUCGAAUGGUAUACGAGUUGGAUUUAACGAUGAAAUAAUGCCUGGUUCCAUUUCCGUUAAGAAAUACCAAUCCUCUACUGAUUCGAUGGCAAUAUCAUGGAGUAAAUUCCAAUCGGAUAUCGACAUAAUUGAUUACAAAAUUGCUAUAAGCAGUCAUCAAGAUACAAUUGCUAAUGACACCGUGAUUUGUAACGUAAUAACCCGCAACACAACAAUGUACGAUGUCGCCCCAUUUCAUAGCGUUGGCAUAGACGAAUUAAGCGAUCUACAAGGACUUUCACUUGUUCACAACAUUAAAUAUUAUGUGACUGUUGUUGCCGAAGAUGAAGCUGGUAUGUGCACAGGAGUAACAAGUGACUGGGUGCUGGUUGAUACAUCACCUCCCGUGUUCGGUAAACUAUACAUUGACGACAUAGAAAGUUCUACUGUGAUUUAUGUUCAGAAGUCGUCGGAAAUGAAAAUCGAAUGGACAAAUGUACAUGAUAAUGAAUCGGGAAUAAACAAAGUUCUAGUUAAAUUAUUUGAAUGUAGCUAUUGCAUGUCUACGGCAGUUACAAGUGAAAAUUGUUACUUAAUUGAUGAAAAUUCUGUGAAAAACGACACGAAAACGGCGUUUUAUGAGCUACAAACAAACCCAGACAAAGUCUAUUACGUCACAGUAGAUGUUAUGAAUGAGGCGAAUCAAGUGACUUUCGUUCAAAGUCUUCCAAUUCUAUUGGACCAAACGCCACCCUUGGUUGGCGACUUUAAAAUAACGGAUGACUGGCAUGAUGUUGAAACAUUUCAACACUCGACAGACAAGCUAUCAGGAAUGCUACCAAUUGCACUUUCGGAAGUGGAAUAUUUAUGUCCGAGCCAAAAACUGUAUUUUCCUUUGAUUAGUGACAUCAGAAUGGAAAACGUUAUGGACAAGUUUGACAAAGAAUUUCUUGUAGUAAAUAACACAGGUGCAUAUCUUGGAAUUGGAUAUAAUUCGGACUUAACAUGUAUCACGAAAUCCGGGGUGAUAUCAGAAUCAACGGAACUACAAAGUGGGAAUUAUUCGUUUAAUGUUCGUGCAGCGACGGGAGACCGAACUAUAACUACCUUAGCUAUAAUCACAGACCAAAUUAUUAUCCCAUUUGUAAUAAAUGAUCAACCAAAAGAGAAGGACUUUGACUACAGUCUGUUUGAAAAUGUCACUGCUUUAGGCGCAGAAAACUCAUCACUGGAUGAUAAUAUAAAUAUAACAACUACGACCACUGGCCCAAAUCUAUCUUCAAAGCUAAACAAUGCCACAAAUGGUUCAAAAUCAGAUUUUGAAAACGAAGAGUAUGGAAUAGGAAUUCAUAUUUUAGGUUAUAAGCUCGGAAAUAACACAUUUUAUCAUCACGCUUUAUGGGCCAGAAACAAAUAUAUGUCUUCUCUAAUGUGGUUUCAGAGCGACAAAAGUAUAAAUGCUGAACAUAGAUAUAUAUUUAAGGUUUCAAAGAAAUCGGAAUACAUUGACGACACAAUUGAUGUCACCCUAAUUGUUGGUGAAGUAGAAAUGGCGUCUAUUUCUGGUUUCAAGUUUGCCGGUACCGUAAAGCUUGCUGCGCUUACAUGGAAUGAGGAUAACUACCAACCUCCUUUAGAUGAUAUCUACAAUCCAUUUUACUCAGAGGCAGUAUUGAGCUCAAUAUAUAUUCCAGAUAUGCAAGAUAAACUUUGUCGCCAUGGGCGCGGUUUCUAUGAUGGUGAAAGCGGCAUCAAGGAAUUAUGGAUUGGAGCUUCUGACAACAAUGUCUUAGCAGGCAAUAUUCGUGCAUUUGAACUAUAUCAAACGUUCUGCUUUCCUUGCAUAAAACCCUGUAACAUACUCUGCAAGGAAACAUGUAAUGCGGAAAGACUUAACGACGGAUUCAACAUGAUAAACUUUAAUGUUACAAAUAUUCAUCUUGAAUCAUCCGAAAACACACCAGAAUGUGCUAAUGUCACUAGUGAUAAGAGAUGUAAUAGCACUGCAUAUUACUUAAACGCCAAACUAGUAAAUUUUGCAGGAGUAGAAACAGUAGUGUUCUCUAAUGGAAUCCAAAUUGAUACAUCUCCACCAUAUUGCGAGUAUGCAAAAUGCACAUCUCCGGAAUACAGUGAAGAUGAGCCAACUAAUUUCACUGGAUCGAGUACUACAAUAGGUGCGUAUUGGAACUGCACAGAAAAUACAAGCCAGAUCGUGAAAUAUAAUGUUCAUAUUACAAACAAGGAAAGUGGAAAACCUGUUAUGGAUUAUGUGGACGUCGGUUUGAAGACCAAGGCUACAUUCAAACUCGGCAAUGGUACUUUUGAACACGAGAAACAUUACGAAGUGAGAGUUUCUUCGUUGAACAGCGCUGGAUUAACGACCACUAUUUCUUGUUUAGUGCAAGUGAUUCUCUUUCCACCAGACGUAACCAAAGUUAUAUCCGGCCCUUUGUAUUCCAAUCGGUCAAAUGGAGCAGAUGACGAGGAACCAUACUGGACCGAAUCACAGUCACUUAUCGGCAUUCAGUGGCAGGGUGGAACGCCUGAUAUUGAAUUCUAUGAAUGGCGUGUUGGUACUGAGUCGGACGGGGCGGAUCUUUUUCCGCCAUCGAAGGUUGGAAUAAACACGGAUGGUUCCUCCGCCAUCGUCCACGGGAAGGUUCAAUACAACAACAAAUAUACCAAUCGAACUGUGUCUGAAUACAGAAAUACCCUGAACAUGUCGUCUGAAGAACGCAAUAACUUUACCUCUGCAAGCGAGGCCGAGAAAUCAUUCUAUCAGAUUGAACCGGGGCGUUGCGUGUAUCAGUCAUUAUACGCGAUAGGUUUAUCGCAUUUAAAAAGUAACAUCAAAUCGGAGACAGUGUGUAUAAAGCGUGCCGGGGAUGUUAAUCUGAAGAAGAAGGCAGAUGACUUUCUUUUGCGGGCAGUACGACCUUCAGGAUCUUCCAACUGGAUCGAAACAAAUGAUGCAGUCACCGCAGAUAUUGUUGUAGAGACAAAACUGACCACGGGUGGCUUUACUCUGGGAACGCUGACGCAGCAGGACCUACAGGAAACAUACGGUAGCGCCGCUACGGCAGACUAUAGGCCAUUCAUUUCCAACAUUGAAACAACGCAAUGGAAAACAUCACGGCUAUUGCGAAACAGGAUACAUCGACACUGUGAUGUCAAUUUAUUCAUCUCCCCGGCACCACGUGCCGAAGCCAAAAGCGUCACCAUCAACGUCGCAGUUCCAACUGGGUGCGAGCCAGACCCCGAGCAUCAACCCGCACUCGUCUUUUGGGACAGCGAGAAAGAAAUUUGGUUGCACAUUGACGAAGGAUGCAAUGAAAUAUUGACUGCAAAUGUCUCCAGUAGAAUAUAUUAUGCGACGAUGUGUCCUAAGUUUAACAACGCAGAACGAAAAAAGAGAGACGCCAACAUUGUAAUCGAUUCACCGAUGCAUUACAGCUUGGUCAAAAUAGGGAAAAAAUUCAGCAACUAUCCGCCGAAAAUAGUUUCAAAAAUUUUGGAUAUAACAGAGGACGUUAUAACCGAUCUUUUAAUUGAAGUACAGGAUACAGAAAACGACACUCUGUUUUAUAACAUCGUCGAUGAGCCGGAAAAUCUCCAGUGUAACAUCACUUCAGACGGGAAUCUUCGAUGUAAGGCGACUGAGGACGAUUUUUAUGGAGAAGAUUACGUAACAGUUGAAGUUACCGAGAUAGAUUUGCCAACCAUUGAACAACCGAUGGCGGAUAGAGUCCGGUUGAAACUGGUUAUUCACGGAACACCUGAUAAAACUGAACGAUUCUUCUUCGAUUCAAAUGAAACAUUCUACGCUGACAAACGGCCCUCUUUACGUCACACCAUUUUAGUGAACGCUAACAGGUCGUCUACCCACUACGCCGGACGGAUUGUACUCGCGGAUGUCGACGGCGGCGAAGUGUUUGCUCCUCAUCCUAGAUUCAAUGCUCUCGGCGACGCAGAAUUCUCUCUUAAGAGGUUUACUACCACAUCGGAUAUCCUGCUUGCCAAUUACACGGCUAAACGAUACAGAAGCGUGGACGCAUAUGACGUGGACUUUGAGUUCUCUCCUUACCUGCAGGGUAAGAUGACCCUUGAUUUUAUCGCCACGAGUGCCGAUGACAGUUAUACGCCAGGUGUCACCAUCGAAGUCUACGUGAUGGAGAACCCGUGCAUUCAUGGUCAGUGUCACCAUCCCACUCUGGGCUUUGGUGCUUGUGAACAUCCAGCGAGGUCUCUUUCAUUCACUGGCUUUGAAUGCUUAUGUGAACCUGGUUAUACAGGCGACUGGUGUCAGAUAGAAAUUGACGAGUGUCAGGCCAGCCCUUGCUCCAGUUUAUUCGACUGCGAGGAUCUUGUCAAUAACUUUAAGUGCAGCAUCAACAUCCCUAAACUUCUGGCUGUCAUCGCCUGUCCUCUCAUUGCCCUUAUUGUCCUUGUGUACGUUCUGAAGAGAGCUAUUGCGAGGCUGAGAUAUAUCAAGUUGUCAAGAAGCAGGGUGGGUUUAAUGGAGGAAAGCGGACGGGAAGUCGAUAACAACCGCCCGGCAACAGCCUCCGAAAUCUACAUGCAUGACAAUGAUAACAACAGCAUCUCGGAUGAUGACGGCGUUGAUGACAACAAAAUCAAGGGUGACAACACAUCCGUUAGAGACAAUGCGCCGUUGCAAUUAAGUUCGCUGCUUUUGCCUGGCAAGGCUCUGCCACCACACCACGGAGAUAUCUUCUCCGCCUUCAAAGGUACACCUCAAGGCGGUAAGUCAAAUCCAAAACGUAUCCAAAAAUUCGAGCUCUCUGGUAUGAACGGUGAACAGAGCAGGCCAAAAAACCCAAGGCAUAGUGGCGCUGCCAGCAGCCGCAAGUUUGGCGUCUCGGUGCUAGAGGAGUCAUUUUCGACUUCGGCGUCACGACCGGUUAGCGUCAGUUCCGUGGAGGGGAUCCCUAAGCCGGGCCAAAAGGUGAAAAUUCCGGAACGCCCGGAAUAUUUCGACGACUUGAUUGAGCAAGGUGGGAAGGAGGCCAGCUUGACCGAUGUUCAGACGUAACUUUAACAAUAUGUGAUGGCGUGAAGUGAUUAUUGUCAUGAUAAAAAAAUUGUUCAUUAACAAACAUUAUCCCCAAACAUUUAUUGAAUAUAUGAAGCAUCGUUUAAGCUUAAACCGUGCUGUUAUUUUACUGGCUCACAGUGUGUUUUUUUAGUUAUAUUAUUGCAAAUUCUUAGUCGCCAUUGUAACCGGACAUAUUUUUCUUUCGAAACUUCGCUUUACUAAUUUGAUUAAAAAAUACUACAUGCCUUUUGCUUCUAUCGAAUGAUUUUGACUAUUUGCUACACCAUUCUUUAUUCUUAAAUAGCAUGGGUCACAAGGCGUUUAUUUAUAAAUUAAAGAUUAUUUUGGGUUCAAGUUCAUGCAAAACAAAGAAUACGUCGUAACCGUUUUAACCGUUUUAACCGUUUUAAAAUGUGUGUAUAUCAAUAUAUAUAAACUUUAUCAAUUGAUAACGAAGUACGAUAUGACUUUUAAUAAGAUUUAAUACUACAUGUAUCUCUGUUUUUUUCUGUAUUUCUUUACAUACUGUAUUGUUAUAUUCUUGAGUACUUAACCAGUUAACUAAAUCACAUCGAAAAUUAAUAAAAAAGAACACAGAACCUGAUCGAAAAACUUCAAUAUUAAAAGAUGCACCAUUUUCACCAUAAAAUAUACAAGCUUUUAUUGUUCUAAGCAGACGUGACGCCAUUAUAACACUGCUACGUAGUAACCUACUUUUCAAUCCGCCAUGUACAUCAUUGAACGAGUGUUGUGCCUAAAUGAACUUUGUUAUUGUUGUGUUUUCAUUAUGUAUGCCCGUUGUAAUGCUUAAUUUAACCCUUUAUUAUAAAUAUGUAUAUGUUUCUCCCUUAUCUUAAAAAUGCUGGCUUAAAAUAAACUAUAUAAAUGUG